AUGUUCACAGCUAACGACAACAAUUCGGCCGCCAAAGAUAUAGCACUGGAUGCUGCGGAUGACACGUUCUUGAACAGAAUGGAAUCGAGUGUGACCCCUGUGAAUCAGGCCGACACGACGAAACACGGCGAUGCAAUUGUCGACUCGCAAAAUAUUAACGAUAACUACACUCUAAAUAAGGAUUCUAAUGCAAUUGCUUCUGCUGCUAAUGCAACUACAACUGCAACUGCUAACAGACCCUCUUCAAAUAGAGCUGAAUCGUACUCGUCAUCGACUACAAAAUUGAAUACUGCUAAUAAUAGCUAUUUGGAUUUGCAAAAUUUGAAUAUUGGCGGAAAUAUUAUGGAGUCCAUCUCGACUCCCUCGAUGAUGAACGAUUUGAUGGCGUUGCUAGACGAAGAAGCGGAAGGUAGCAGCAAUAUGGUGGACCUGCACAUGGUGUCUCCAAAGGCGAAAGAAAAUACCAGUACCAACAACAUCAACAACUACACUGGCACCAACGAGCCCGACUCGUUUGUUCAGCCAGCAGACUUGCAUACAAACAGCCUGAUGGCCUCGGGCAAACCGUUCCAGAGGAAAAACUCGUACGUGGAAGACCCGGUCUCGUUCAAUAAUAACAUCACGUACGGCGGAAGAAGAGCAAGUGAGUUGGUCACCACGGGCACAAAUGGGAAUUCAAUGUUUGCAGGCUCAAAUUCAAGACUCUCGAUCUCGGAUUCGCUGGAUUUUUGGGAUAUGACAAAUAAUAACACUGGCAGUAGUACAAAGUUUAUCGAUGAAGGGAUUAGUCAGGCUCUUAAUGAUUAUAAUAUGAACUUCACCGGGACGGCCAAUCAAAGAAGAAACUCGACGAAAUUGAACCAUAACAUCACGAACAUUCAGGAAAAUCCAUUUGAUGAAUCGAUCGAUUCGAAUAUCUUAAGUUCUCCAAGACAAAAUAAUCGCCAUUCAAUUGCCACGAAUAUACUACAAAACUUCUCAUUCCAACCAAUUAUGAAGCCAACUACUAACAACAACAACAACAACAACAACAACCACACGAAAAUUGAGAAUUCGAAUAGUUUGUCCAUGUCGCCCGACACAAGAAGCAACGAUUUGUUCUAUUCCUUAUACAACCAGACGGAACCAAAUAAUUUGGACCUGUAUAAUCUCUCCAUGUCAAGUGAAGACAUCUCUACAACGAAUAACAAUAAUAGCGGAAAUAUGAUCCCUUUGCAACCUGAUGAAUUGCUAUCCUCUCCAAGGAAGAAAUUCAUUAAGCCUUCAAUGAUGUUAUCUGAAUCGGCUUCAUUGUCUGCAAAAUUGGCAAUCACAGGCUUGCAAAAGAAACCGGAAACUUUCCCAACUAUCGACACUCAGGCGUACCAUCAUCCAACAAAGAUUGUGAAAAGAAAAUCAAUCUCGUCAUCGUCAAUACCUGCAAAUUCAAGAUCAGAAAAUAGAAGAAGAAGAAAAUCUACAAUCGGAAUUACAAACGCAACAAGUGGGUCCAACACUAUAACUCCCCUUAAUAAUAAUAGUACUGGUAACACUGGUAAUGGCAAAUUAACUUCUUCAUCACACACAACUUCUCCAAGAACCUCGACUUCUGCAUCUACUUCGAAACGCAAUUCAAUUGCAAAUUUAAACGCGGCGUUACUAGAAGAUCCAUCAAUUAAGCCUUUCCAAUGCAAAGAUUGUGAAAAAGCCUUUAGAAGAAGUGAACAUUUAAAGAGACACGUCCGGUCCGUGCACUCUACAGAUAGACCAUUCCCAUGUAUGCUGUGUGAAAAGAAGUUUAGUAGAAGUGAUAAUCUAUCACAACAUCUAAAGACUCACAAGAAACAUGGCGAUUUCUAA